GUCAACUUAUGGCGCGGCGUGUCACGGCGGUAACAAGAGGUGCAAGAGGAGAGUCACUUCCUCUCGUCUUCACGGGAAGGUGGCGGCGAGCGACUUGACGGCAUCUGGCCACCAUCAGUUCCUCCUGCCUGAGAAAGGCACCUUUCUGUUUUUUGACAAAAGAUGCAAACUCACUUCUGAGUGACAGCCUGCUAUUCCACACACGGCCAUGGCGGCGGCGGCGGCGGCGGUGGCGACGACGACUUCUUCCCAUUCCUCUGGCGAGCGCACGAGAGUUGCCGUCUUGUCAUUGUUGUUUACUAACGACUACAAUUGAAUGCGUCUCUGCAAACAAGCUCUUGUUUCUGCAACAAACAAAGCCAAAUGAAAAAUAGAUUGAUUGAUGCACAGUCAAGGCAGAAAAAGAAAUCUUUAAUGCCUCAGUCUGUUUCCGUUUUGCUUGCCUUUGCAGGUCUGGUGUGCAUGAAGUCGAGCACGUCGGUGGUGGAGCUCGUUAUGCUGCUUUGUUCUCAAGAGUGGCAGAACUCCAUCCAGAAGAACGCAGGCUUGGCCUUCAUUGAGCUCAUCAACGAGGGAAGGCUGCUGUGUCACGCCAUGAAGGACCACGUGGUGCGGGUGGCCAACGAAGCCGAGUUCAUCCUGAACAGACAGCGAGCCGAGGAUGUCCACAAACACGCCGAGUUUGAGUCAAACUGCUGCCAGUACGCCGCCGAGAGACGCGAGGAAGAGAAGAUGUGCGAUCACCUGAUCGGCGCCGCCAAGCAUCGAGACCACGUGACGGCGAGUCAGCUGCGGCAGAAGAUCGUCAACAUCCUCACCAACAAACAUGGCGCCUGGGGGACCUCGGGCCAAAGGCCGCCUCACGACUUCUGGCGUCUGGACUACUGGGAGGACGACCUGCGGCGGAGGCGGCGCUUGAUCAGGAACCCGCUGGGCUCGGCGCACUCGGACGUGUCGUGCAAAACUCUGCAGGAGUACGUGACCGAAGAGGACGAGCUGGUCAAGUUAAAGACUUCCCCGCUCUUCCCCGGCCAAAGUGUUGCCAACCAAAACCCCGAAACGGAGCUGAUUCUGGAGGGAGACGACGACUCUGCCGGCCUGCUGCUGCAGGAGAAGGAGGCCGACAAUCUGGGUGGCCCUGUGGUACUGAGUAGCCCGGCCCAGCUGGUGGCGCCCGGCCUGGUGGCCCGGGGGACCCUCUCCAUCACCGGCAGCGAAAUCUACUUUGAGGUGGACGAGGACGACCCCGCCUUCAAGGGGGUCAGCCCCAAGGUGUUGGCCUACACUGAAGGUCUGCACGGGAAGUGGAUGUUCAGCGAGAUCCGCGCCAUCUUCUCCAGGCGUCACCUGCUGCAAAACACAGCCAUGGAGGUCUUCAUGGCCAAUCGAACGUCCGUCCUGUUUAACUUCCCCGACCAGGCCACGGUGAAGAAAGCAGUCCACAGUCUUCCUCGAGUCGGAGUGGGGACCAGCUAUGGACUCCCUCAAGACAGGCGCGCCUCACUGGCCAGCCCUCGGCAGCUCUUCAAGUCGUCCAACAUGACGCAGCGCUGGCAGAGGAGAGAGAUCUCCAACUUUGAGUACCUCAUGUUCCUCAACACCAUCGCAGGCCGGACGUACAACGACCUGAACCAGUACCCGCUCUUCCCCUGGGUUCUGGCCAGCUACGACUCUCAAGAGCUGGACCUCACCCUGCCCGCCAACUUCAGAGAUCUCUCCAAGCCCAUCGGCGCUCUCAACCCGAAACGCGCCGCCUUCUUCGCCGAGCGCUUCGAGUCGUGGGCCGAUGACCAGACGCCGCCGUACCAUUACCCAAGCUUCUGCUCCACCGCCGCCUGCGCGCUGCACUGGCUCGUCAGGAUGGAGCCCUUCACCAGCUUGUUUCUCAGCGCCAACGAUGAUAAAUUUGACCACCCGGACCGCAUCUUUUCCUCCAUCGCCCGCUCAUGGAGGAACUGUCAACGAGACACCUCCGACGUCAGGGAGCUGAUCCCGGAGUUCUUCUACCUGCCGGAGAUGCUGGUCAACUCCAACGGCUACCAUCUGGGAAUGCGGGAAGACGGCGCCGCCGUGGGCGACGUGGACCUGCCGGCCUGGGCCAGGACCCCUGAAGACUUUGUGAGGAUCAACAGAAUGGCGCUGGAGAGCGAGUUUGUGUCGUGUCAGCUGCAUCAGUGGAUUGACCUCCUUUUCGGCUACAAGCAGCGCGGGCCCGAGGCCGUGCGCGCCCUCAACGUCUUUCACCACCUGACCUACGAGGGCGCCGUCAGCCUGGACGCCAUCGCAGAUCCUUUGACCAGAGAGGCCACGGAGGCGCAGAUCCGGAGCUUUGGACAGACGCCAUCUCACUUGCUCAUCGAGCCACAUCCUCCACGCAGCUCCGCCAUGCACCUGAGUCCGCUGAUGUUCAAGGACCAGCUGCAGCAAGACGUCAUCAUGGUGCUGAAGUUCCCGUCCAACUCGCCGGUGACGCACGUGGCCGCCAACACGCUGCCACACCUCGCCGUGCCGGCCGUGGUCACCGUCACGUGCAGUCGCCUCUUCGCCGUCAACCGAUGGCACAACACGCUCGGCCUCCGAGGAGCACCAGGAUAUUCCCUGGAGCAGGCUCAUCAUCUCCCAAUCGAGAUGGACCCGCUGAUCGCCAACGGCGCUGCGAGCAACAAGCGUCAGAUCACAGACUUAGUGGACCAGAGCAUCCAGAUCAGCACGCAAUGCUUUGUGGUGACAGCUGACAACCGCUACAUCCUGGCGUGCGGCUUCUGGGACAAGAGCUUCCGCGUGUACUCCUCCGAGACAGGAAAGCUGACCCAGAUCGUGUUUGGUCACUGGGACGUGGUGACGUGUCUGGCGCGCUCCGAGUCCUACAUCGGGGGCGACUGCUACAUCGUGUCGGGUUCCAGAGACGCCACUCUUCUUUUGUGGUACUGGAGCGGCAGGCAUCACAUCAUCGGUGACAACCCCGUCAACGGCGACUACCCGGCGCCACGAGCUGUCCUCACGGGUCACGACCAGGAAGUGGCGUGCGUGGCGGUGUGUGCUGAGCUGGGGCUGGUCAUCAGCGGGGCCAAAGACGGUCCCUGCCUGGUGCACACCAUCACGGGGGACCUGCUGCGGGCGCUGGAGGCUCCCGAGAGCUGGCGGCAGCCGCGGCUCAUCUCGGUGUCCAGCGAAGGCCACUGCAUCGUCUACUACGAGCGCGGACGCUUCUGCAACUUCAGCGUCAACGGCAAGCUGCUGGCCCACAUGGAGCUCCGCGACAGCACCAGGGCCAUGGUGCUGAGCAGCGACGGGCACAACCUGGCGACGGGCGGCGACAGCGGCGUGGUCCAAGUGUGGCAGGCGUGCAGCCUCAAGCCGCUCUACGUGUACCCGGCCUGCGACGCCGCCAUCAGAGCCAUGGACCUGUCGCAUGACCAAAGGACGCUGAUCACCGGGAUGGCCUCAGGGAGUAUCGUAGCAUUCAACAUCGACUUCAACCGCUGGCAUUACGAGCACCAACACAGGUACUGAUCCCCGCCCGACCCGGCGGACACUCUGGACCUGGACUGUGCCCGUGUUGCGUCCGGCCGGCACCGAUCUCGGUGGCCUUGAAAAGUGAAGCAAAGAACGGCUUUGCGUUCAGCAUGGACGUGCUUUCUGCUGGUUUCACGUCACCGGCCGCAGUUCAGGGAAGCCAACCAGAACGUGUAAAUAUGCAACAAAAGUGUUCCUAGACUUGGCUUGUCAACCAAACAAGACAUGACGAUGAGAUGAAUUGGUGGUUUUGGUUCAAGAAAUCCUUUUAAGUCGGGACUGUUUAUUUCUGUCAGCUUGUGCAUUUUAAAUAUUCAGACACGGAACUGAACUGCUGGGAGUUUCCAUCCUCGUGGGACGCGCAGCUGGCCAAAGCAAAUAUAAUUGGAGAGAGUCACAAGUAUUUACAAGCCAGAAAAUUGUUUUGGGGUCUUUUUCAUUGCCAAUGAUGUGCUGAGGCCAAAAUGGUGGCGCCCAUUAACUCCUAAAAGGGGGGAAAAAAAUGUGCCAACGGGUUCUCAACCUGGUGAUUUCUUUUUACAUGCAGACGCAGCCGCCAUGUUGUCACUGACAUUCGAAAUCUCCUCUUGUUAUUAACAUUUACAACCUUUUUUAAUCGAGAAAACUUUUGAAUCAUAUCAUAUUAAAUGCACGUUUUGUUUGCCAGCUCAGCUAAAUUGAGCGUCAACGUGUUUGUGUAAUGUGCACAUGUACUUUCAUUUGAUUUUAAUGUUUGUUUUUUUCCAAGUACAUUUGUCCAUUUCAAAAGUGCCGUGUGUGCUGGGAAGCAAUAUGAAACUUAAAAGGAACUGCGCAGUAUUAACAUGAAAUUAUCCAAUAUGCAAAUUGAUUCAUGUUUUUUGGCAAACUUGCGAGAGGUGAGCGACAGCGGGAACGCAAGUUUUCGCUUGUUUUCAUUUGAGAAUAAUUUCCUUUAAAUUAUAUUAAUUUGUUCACGUUGUGAAUGUUUUAUAUGUGCCAUCAUGCUUGGUUGACUUGUAUUUAUUUUUCUCAGUUGCAUUUUUGAUUUUUAAAAAAAUGUCUGGGAUGAUGUCUUCGGUUGGUAUUUAAGCAAACGUGUUUCAAAAUGACUGUGAAUUCCUCUUGCUGAAGGUUUUCUUUUCCGCGUGCUUAUACUGCCCUCUACUGUCUGAACCUGUCACAGCAGGACUUCGCUUUCAAAAAGUCAUGCAGCAAUUGUUUGCCCACAUCACUUGUAUCCUUUUAAUACGUUUAAA